CAGGCUAGACGAGCAUUUUGAUUCGGACCCAUCACUUUGUCAUUGAUAUUUCUCGUCUCUCGCUGCCUUCACUUCAUUGUCCGGAACAUUUCACUCUAGUGUGGUUUUUGCUGACGCAUGCAAUGAUGGCAAUGAUGUAGAACGUCAGAAGGAGAAGCUCGCCCAUGUACCAUAUAUUAAAGCUGCAACCACCAAUUUUGGAAGUUUGAGUGGAAGUGAAAACCCAUCACGUUUCUUUCACCGGUUUCCUUAUUAUUGGGUUGAUUUCCGAAUAUAAUCGGACGACAGGUGGUGGGUGAUAUUUGGAUCAAAGAAAGGAAGCAAGCAUGGCUACUGGGGAGGAGGAGAACAGAGAGAACUUGUUGAAGAAGGUGUACUAUGAAAACUGCCCAGGUUGUAAGGUGGAAGAGGAGAAGGCGUUGCAACGAGGUGUUCCUGUUCGAAAGCUCAUGGCUAUCUGGAUGAUCGUUCUCUCUUCUGCGCUGCCAAUAUCAUCUCUGUUUCCGUUUCUUUAUUUUAUGAUUAGGGAUUUUCAUAUUGCCAAAAGGGAGGAAGAUAUUGGGUUCUAUGCUGGCUAUGUAGGGUCUUCAUAUAUGCUUGGAAGAGCAUUGACAUCAGUUUUCUGGGGAAUAGUGGCUGAUCGCUAUGGUCGAAAACCUGUCAUAAUAAUAGGAACUAUUGCAGUGGUUGUUUUCAAUACUCUCUUUGGACUCAGUGUAAACUUUUGGAUGGCUAUUGCUACACGAUUUCUUCUUGGAAGUUUAAAUGGUUUGUUUGGACCAAUAAAGGCAUAUGCAAGUGAAGUCUUUCGGGAAGAACACCAAGCGUUAGGGAUGUCAACAGUUAGCACAGCAUGGGGUAUCGGAUUGAUCAUUGGUCCAGCUUUGGGAGGAUUCUUUGCCCAGCCAGCAGAGAAAUAUCCCACUAUUUUUCCCCACUCUAUAUUCGGGAGGUUUCCGUACUUCUUACCUUGCCUUUGUAUAUCGAUUGAAACCUUACACAAUCACAAUGAAAAUGCCAGAUUACAUGAUGAUUCCUUUGAAGCACUGGAGUCUUCAUCCUGUGGGUCAGUUGCAAAUGAAAUGAAACCAAAAACUGAAGAACAAAUACCUAAAGAAAACCUCAUGAAGAAUUGGCCUUUAAUAUCAUCAAUCAUUGUUUAUUGUGUUUUCUCACUCCAUGACAUGGCUUAUUCGGAGGUAGGUCUUGGUCUUUUUGUCUUUCAAACUACUCUGUACCCGUCUGUGGAAAAGAUGCUUGGUCCUAUAAGAAUUGCUCGCAUUGGAGGGGUUUUGACUAUACCUCUUUUGUCAAGCUACCCCUUUAUAGCAUUGUUGUCUGGACUUUCCCUCUCCGUGCUGUUAAAUAUUGCAUCUCUGCUGAAAAAUGUCAUAUCUAUCAUGAUCGUCACUGGGCUUUUCAUUCUCCAAAACAGAGCUGUGGACCAACGUCAACGAGGUGCUGCUAAUGGAAUUUCUAUGACUGCAAUGUCGCUGUUCAAGGCAUUUGGUCCAGCUGGUGGUGGUGCAGUGUUUUCUUGGGCACAAAAACGCCUGGAUGCUUCCAUUCUACCUGGUAUCCAGAUGGUUUUUUUCAUCUUGAAUUUGGUGGAGUUACUUGCAGUUCUCAUGACAUUUAAGCCAUUUCUUACUGUACGUGAUGAUAGACAGGGAUGAAGCACUAUGGAAUUAGUUCAAUCCACUUCAAAGAAAAAGAAAAAAAACAACAACAACAACAACAUUGUUAUUGACUCGUUGGAAGCAUUAUUUGUAGUUGUAGUUGCCCCCUAUAUAUCUCUUCCAAUGUGUUAGAUUUUUCUUGGAAGCAAAAUGUUGUACUCAUUCAAACGGGUAAGAAAUCCCAUGAUUAUUUGUUGUAAAAUUAAUUACAAAAAACACCCCGAAUUAUAGUGUCGUUUUUAUUUUCAUACCUAAUUAUUAAAAUCUUGAGUUUACAUAUUUCUGCC